CGAUGACAUAGAUAAGUGAAUCCGGGCUUCUAUGGAACUUACGAAUUCUAUGGUGGCUGUGAGAAUCCCUGUUGCGAGUUCUGAGAUAGAAGAACUACUGGUUAAGUAGGAAUGAAGGAAUUCGGAAAUGGUCUUUCACGGGCAUGACGAGGAAACGUAGUCGAAUGGCUAAUUCAUAGGUUUUGUUUCCUGCAGUUUUUAGUCCACUGUUGUUUUAACAAGAAGAAGCAAAUGACAUAGAAAGUGAUCUCUUGCAGAUCCGUAAACUGGUUAAAGAUGGCAGCGAAUGCUCUAGAGGAAAGAAUUAAUAAGAUCCGACAACAGAAUGAGGAAAUCAGGCGGAGACACGAGGAAGUGGAAGCGGAUAAAAAAUAUGCUGCACAGUUAAAUGCUUUAGUACAAAUGGUGCCAUCAACGGAUUGGCCAGAACGCAAGGAGCCUCCUGAGUUUUCAAAUCCUCCAAAAAGUAAUCAGAAACCUAAGCCAAUGAGCAAGGAAUAUAAUGCUGAAUAUGUUCAACAUUAUGCUGGGGGUGGCGAUGGGAAAAAAAUACAUACGUUUGCUCAGGGUGAAGGACCUCCACCAGAUCCUAAAUAUAACUUCCUUGCUGAUUCUGAACGCGAGGAACAUAAUUUAGAAGAUGGAAGAGAUGGUGAUAAAGCCAAAGGGCGAUCGAGACCUCCACGAGGAAGUUCAAGAAAAAGAGGCUCUGGUAAGGAAGUUCAGAAGUCUGAUUAUCGAGGCUAUCAGGCUAUGUCAAGAGAUGGAGUUUAUCCAGAGUAUGAUGCUUGGAGAGCUGAACGAAAUCAUAUCGAUGAAGCUCGCAUCAGCAGACAACGUACUGCGGAAGGAAAUUGGCGUAGGGAGUGGGACAAUGAUAAAGUAGGGGUUGAAACAGAAUCUCAAAAUUCAUCAGGAGCUGAGAUUGCUCGAAGAGAUCAUAAAGAGUUUGACAGACACCAAUUUGAAGGUCAUGGAAACUAUCGCCCUCAUCGAGGAUCUCACAGAACGUUGUACAGUAAUCGUGGCUAUCAUCGUUCCAAUUCUAAUGAGCAAUACUAUGGUUCUACUACUCCAAAUACAAUGAAGCCAUUGUCUCCUAAUAACACCGAUGAAAGGACAGUAAUUGCUACCGAUAAAAGUAUUAAAGUUACUUUGAGUCCAGGAGCCAGUGUAACAAAAGGUCCUGUCAUGAGUGUAAAGGUGAGUUCUCCUAGUAUAGCUGGCACUGGUCGAGUGGGUCCUCGACAGAAGACUCGAGUGAUGUACAGCAGUCAGUCGAAAGCAGAAGUGACAACCCGGGAGCUCGAAACAUUCAGUCGGCAGAAAUCUUUUGACGAGAAGACCAAAGGAAUGCACUUCGAUCAAUCUCAGCGAGCGCCAGCUCUGAAGAGAAAAAAGGAGAAUAACUUGAAGUCGCCGCACGCUCAAAGGAAAACCAUGGAUUUGGAUAAGGAUGACGUACCUACCAGUGCUUUGAAGCGAGUAAUUGAUAACGACCCGAAGUCCCCCUACCUGCAGAGGAAAGACAUGAAAACGUCGCUAAAGUCACCGCACUCGCAGAGGCGAAAUGCUAAAGAGGAGAAUGUUCAAAAAUCCCAGAUGCAGGUGGACAUAACAAAAUGUCCGGGCCCUGGGAAAACAUCUGUCGAUAAGAAUAUCGUGGAUAAACAAAAAAUCUCCAAUUUGUUAGAUAAGUACGAUCGGAACGGGGAAGGUGCCAAAUUUAAUAAUAAAAGGUUUGACAAUUUAUCCAAUUCUGAUAAAUUUAGGGAAGUCAAGUUCCAAGUCGAUGGAAGCAUCGCUCUUUCGGUAGGUGAAAAUUCUGAUGCAAUAUUCAAAAAGAAUAACACUGCUGGAAAUGAGGAGGGAAUUAAGGCAGAAAAUGUUAUAAAACAUGUGGAAGCUGGAAUCGAUACUUCGGGGGUGGAAGAUGAGAUAAAAUCUCAGGGAAAUAUCGAGAUGGUCGAAGAGGUGAGUAAAAGUGCUAUCGUGUCCGGGAAUCAGGAGAAAUGUUUGGAUGGCGGGUUGAAGAAUCACGGGGUCUCUGAAAUACCUAAUUCAGAUGUGAGAGAUUCAAUAAGCGUUGAAGUAAAGUCUCAGGAAAAGAACACGACCAUUGCAGUUGGAGGAAAUGUGCCGAUUGAGUCUGCACAUCAGAAAAAUAUACCAAUUAAUGAGGACAACGAAACUUUCGUAGAAGCCGGUCCAGGAAAUCCUGAUUUGUCUGAAAAGGAGAUUGAAAAAGGUACGAACAAAGAUAUUAUCGAACAUUUUGGAAACUCAGUCUGUAAUGUGGUCGGGUUCUCAAACGUAGCUGAUGAAAAUAAUUCAAUCGGAAGCAUGUUAAAUGUUCAGAAGGAAGAAACUGGAAACUGUCCUGGAACUGCCAAAGAGCGAGAAUUGAAUGAAGCUGCUGACGAAGAAAUGGUAGGUACAAAAGAGGAGCAAAUAUGCUUUGAUAAGCCUACGGAAAGCAAAGAUGUAAUCACAACUCCCGAAGACUCGAACAAUGGACAGAAAAUUGGGGAAAUUGAAAAAGCAAUUAAUGCCAAUCAAUCCCAGAAUGUAAGGGUUCCUAACGAUGAAAAGGACAUCUCGAAUCCGGCAAGUAUCGGAGACGAAAAAAGUCUUUCAAAUUCUUCUCUUUCCGACCAACCAUACGUUAAAGUGAAUUUAACGGGAAAAGGUGACGAACAGGAGGCUUCGUUAAAUUCGGCGGACAAUGCAGAUGUAGAAGUAUCAGGGAAAAAUGUAAAUCCAGACGAAGCAGCUGUAAAAUGUGAGAUUAGAAAUGAUUCUGCUUCGGCGUUGAAUAAUCAGGUUUUAUGUGAUAACAGGAAUCUUGAGGAGGGGCAGUCGGAUAAAAUUCAAGUCGGAACCGAGAAAGAAGUGGAAUUAGUAAAAAUGAUCGCGAAAUCGGAUGGUUGCAUCGAUUCCUCCAUUUUGAAAAAUAAUCCCGAGGAAUCAAUUGGUGCUUCGAUAGUGGACAUUCAGACUUCAGAUUUGAAAAUCGUCGAAAUCGAGAAAAAUCUCAUACGCGCAUCUGAACCGGAGGGUACUGAAGGAAAUGAAGACUUUUCGAAAACCGAAAGUACUCGGACUCAGGAAACAACGAUUAUGGAUACCUGUCCGGUAAAAGAUCAAACUGCAGAAGUCGUCAUUGAAUUGUGCUGUCAAAAUGUUGAUCGCAGAGACACUGUUGAUACUACCGGUGAAAGUUAUGCACCGGCCGAAGGAAUGUGAAUUAUUUAAAGAGAAAAGUAAUAAUGUAUAGAAAAGAGAAUAUAUAGAUAUAAUGUGCGAGCACAUUUAAUCUUAGGACGAGACCGCGUGACAAUUUGUGAUAUAGAAAUCGACAAAAAGGAGAGAUUUAAUUUUUAAUAUCGGGUCUUGCGAAUCGUUUUAAUUUUCAUUCUAUCUUGGAAAUUCUUUACUCAUAUCGGAUAAAUCGCGACGCUGAAGGCAAAAAGGCGUAUUUUAACCCAUUUGCAUCAUAAAGAAGUAUGAAAAAGAGGGUCCUUAUCACCAAAUUUUUCUUUUUUCAUUUUUAAUUGUUUUUAAGUACAAAAAUCACAAGUAAAAGAACUUCAUACUUCAGCAUUCUGUAAUUAAAAAUGGAAAAAAAUAUAUAAAUAAUAAUAACAAAAAUAAUAAUAUAACAUACAUAAGAAAAAAUCAGUUGCAAAUAUGCGGUCUAUGCCCAUAUAUAUAUUAUUGAUAAUGGCGGGAAUGUUUAUUAGUUAUUUUGUGCAGUAUGAUAGUAUUUAAAGGGUUGAAUGCAUAAAGCCACUUCACAAUUUUCACCCUGAUAAAUUGUUUCUCUUCUUUUCUUUAGAAAUAAACAAACGAGUUUUUCUUGAUGAUGUUACGAUUGUUGGAAAAUGUUGUCCAGUAAAUCUUGAUGGCAAUGAUAGGCACUUUGUAACUUUUCAGGUUUCUUUUUUUUUUUUUUUAUAUUUGUGUGAUAGUGACCAGUAAAAUUAAGCGUAUAUAUACGCUAGUGAUGCAAAUGGGUUAACACUAAACUUGCGGCUGGUAAAAUUGACCUGCUUAAAUGGUAUUUGUAAUGGGGGUAUAAAUUGUCAUUAGGUUUAGUGUUAAAUUCCGAGGGAGGGAAAAAAUGUCCCGGUUAAGUUUGAUUAAGAGUUGGUUGUUUCCUACAUUCUCAUGGGAAUUAUAUACCUCGGGUUGUGUAAUUGCAGUUUCUGGAAAGCCAUACACUAGGCAUACAUUUUGCGCACAUUUAUUUGAACAGGACUAAUUGUUUUGACAUUUUGACGACCCUAGAAUUCUAAAAAGGUGGUACGAUAGAAAUAGAGUUGUUUCUUUUUUACGUAGAUUUUUUAUCAUUUCUACACCGGAAGAGAAACUAAAGAAGAAAAAGCGGCGUUUUUUAUUUUGUUGUAAACCGAGUGAAAAUCAUUGCUUUCUUUUAAUUUAAAACAUGCGUGCACUUGCAUAAGGAAGAAGGAAAUCCUUAAAGAUUUUUCUGACCUCCAGGAUAAGAUACAUUAUUAAUACUUUAUUAUUAUCUUUUAAGAGAUCGUUCCAUUUCUCUCUUUAUUUCGUUACGAUCGCGCAUUAUUGUUUUAUCUUCCUUACUGCGAUGGAGGUAUAGACUACUUUUUACGAUACAGAGUUCAGGAAUAUUCCGUUUAAAGUUUCGUCUAAAAACAUUAUUUUUUGCGACUUCCGGAGGAAUUUGUUAACAGAGAUACUUCUUAACACUUUAUAGUAGAUGGUUAAUUUUACAUUUGUUACUCCGUACGAUAUGAACCAUAAGCGAUGCAAUGGUCAGACGAUAGAUGGCGAUUGUUGGAUUAUCUUUUGCUGCUAAAUAGCAUGUCAACGGUAGUUGGCAACAAUCACAGUGUGCUGUGAAUGGCGUCGUUUAGAUUAAGGCCCUUACUUAUGCCUCACUUUUAUGGUGGCUCUUAAGGAGUUACACCACUUUGACCCACCCAAAAAUUACGGUGUUUCAAGAAUUUUUUCUUAAGAAUUAAAACGUUCUUAUCCAAAUUAAAGUACAGUAAGGUAUUAUACUACUAUUAAACAACAAAAAAUGUUUAUUUGUUCCAGACCAGGAUCAAAGACAUGUAUUUGUGAUAUUUUAUGCCGUUUGAAAAUUUAGAAUUAAAAGAAAUACUUUCA